GAUCGCAGAAGUUGGGCCGCGACUGCCGACUUCGCCGUCGGACGCACUUUACAUCUCGGAUACAUUUAAAAUUGGAAGCGUGUGUUGCGCGCGCGCCGCAGUGGCUCGCCAGCCGCCGACUCGCGCGCUCCUCUCCGCCGCUCACAUCACAAACAACACCCUAUAUUUUUUCUAAAAAAGAAAAAACUACCGAACUCUUUUCUGUUGUCUUCCAUUUUCAAACUCGCGUGUCGCGUUCGCUGUGUUGAACCACGUUUUUCCCGCCGAGUGUUUUCCCGCCACUAAAUUGUAAUUUCACUUUUUAACGGAGAAAAGUCUGUCGUGAAUUCUGCCGAGUGCUGGAAAAUGGACUACUGAUUACACGUCCACUAACAUGAGAAUUCAUCAGAGCCGAAGACAAAUAUAUUCGUUAUCAAUAUCAAAUUACAAGCACAAAAUAUCGUAACAGUGUUUAUUCGUUGCUUGAACAUAUAAUCAAGUACUUAUAAUCAUAGGAUUAAUUAUCUAAAAUGAAUCGGUAGUAGUUGCUAUGCAACAACAAUAUCCGUAGCAUAAUAAGGGCGGUUUUACAAUUAGUUAAAAUGGUGACAAUUUGUGGAAGUGACAUUCGGGUGCUGCGAAAAAUGGAUGUGAGGUGUUCUAUAUUCAAACUGUUACUAUUUCAAAUGUUUGUGACGUGGUGUGGCGGCAUGAGCAUUGACAACGUCCACGUCCAAUAUCCUGCCGAUGUGGAGGAAGAUAUCCAGAAUAGCAUCAGACAACUUGUGCACAAUGGCAUCUACUCGCACAAGCACCUGGACCCGUCGCGCGCGCAGGUCGCGUACCCGGUGAAGGUGACGUCACGCGGCGCGCUGAUCUCACGCGAGGUGGCGCACGAGCACGCGCACGGUCACGCGCGCGCAAGGAGAGACUUGCACGGGCGAGAGCACGAGCUGGACCACGUCGUGCAUUAUAACUUGACGGUGGAUGGCAGGGAGUUGCGGCUGGAUCUGCGGCCGUCAGUGACGUUCAUAACACCAGCCAUGAUAGUGGAGCGCCACACGGCUGCCGGUCGGACCAGACACCGGGCCGGGGCGCGCGCCACGGCGUGCCAUUACACCGGCGCCGUGCGCGGCCAGCCCGCGUCCCGCGUCGCGCUCUCCGCUUGCGAUGGACUGGCGGGAUUGUUGCGGACGGAGCACGGUGAGUACUGGAUCGAGCCCUCCGAUCAAAUACCUGAAGACAAGUCUCAGGGGAGACCACAUGUUGUGUUCAAGCGAUCGGCAGUGGACAAGGUGGCGGCGUGGCACAGAGCGAAGCGGUCGGUGGCUGAGCGGACCAACCAGAACGCACCGGAGAGAAGGAGCUACAAUGACAAACAAAACUCAAGGAGGCUAAACAACAGACGAAACCGAGACAACAAAGAGAUGAUCGACAGACAACGACGAGAGCAUUUAGAGGCUAGAAGGAAGGAGCUGCGGCACAACCCUGCUGAGUACAGACGCAUACAGCAACAAUUAAGAAUGAAACAAAUUUUAGCACAAAGAAGAGUACACACCAACUCAUCAGUGUCAACGUCGACGAGCAAUUCGAUAGAAGGCAGCAAAUCUUUAGAGAACAGAAGAAGAAAUAGAAAGAGACUAACGAAAGAACAGAGACGGCGAAACCGAUUACGAAGGAGGAGACGAAGGAGGUCGAAGAACUGCGCGACCAAGCAGCCUCCUUACCCGAUAGAGAAAAUCUUACACGAGAGAGAAUAUGAAAGACUUCACAAUAGAACUUUAGAUAAGACGCACCAUCGUCCACAUCACCACGUGCUAUCGCACCGACCAGAGUUCGAGGAGCCGCGGCGCUCGACCAGGUCCGUGAGCAAGCCCCGCCACGUGGAGGUCUUGCUCGUGGCCGACAAGUCCAUGACAGACUUCCACGACAAGGGCAGCAUCGAGACCUAUCUGCUGACCAUUAUGAAUAUGGUGUCAUCACUCUAUAUGGACCCUUCGAUCGGGAACUACAUCAAAGUGGUGGUGGUCAAGAUAACGUUAGUGGAAGACAUGCACAACCUGAGUCCAGAGCUGGAUGUAUCUACGAAUGCGGAUACAACGCUGGCUUCGUUCUGCAAGUGGCAACACCAGCUGAAUCCCGAUGACGAUGCGAAUCCUCACCACCAUGACGUCGCCAUCUUGGUGACCAGAGAGAAUAUCUGCAGCCAGAACGACACUCCUUGUAGCACAUUGGGCGUGGCGCACGUGGCCGGCAUGUGCAAGCCGGACCGGUCCUGCUCCGUCAACGAAGACAACGGCAUCAUGCUGGCGCACACCAUCACGCACGAGCUGGGACACAAUUUCGGGCUCUACCACGACACGGAGAAGAUCGGCUGCCACCGGCGCGAGGGCUCCACUCUGCACAUCAUGACGCCCAUCUUCGAGGCGGAUACUGUGCAGGUCGCCUGGUCGCGGUGCAGCAAGCGGGAUGUUACUAUAUUCUUGGACACGGGUUCCGGCGAAUGCCUCGGCGACACUCCAUCCCAAGACUACGAGUACCCUCUGGUCCCGGCCGGGGUGACCUUCGACGCGGCCGCCCAGUGUCACCUGCAGUUUGGGAGUGACGCAUCAGUGUGUGCUGACCCUGCCGAGCUGUGCAACCAUCUGUGGUGCUACUCGAAUAAUACGUGCAAGACUACGUUGAGGCCGGCCGCGCCUGGGACCACUUGUGGGGAGAAUAAGUGGUGCCAAAACCAGCGCUGCGUGGACCGGCAACCUCGCCCAGUCGCCGUGCACGGGGGCUGGGGCGCUUGGGGCCCCUGGAGCGAGUGCUCGCGGUCUUGUGGCGCUGGGGUGUCAGUGACUACGAGGGAGUGUGAUAGUCCCGCGCCAGAGAACAACGGGCGGUACUGCAUUGGGGAGCGGAGUCGAUACAAAAUCUGCAACACAGACCCGUGUCCGAUCGGCGAGCCCAGCUUCAGGGAGGUGCAGUGCCGCAAGUACGCGAGGAACGAGUCCGAGGAGUGGUUGCCGUACUUCGAUCAGGACAAGCCGUGCGAGUUGAUGUGUGCACUCAUCAACAGUCGUCUGGAGUACGACGGGUUUGUCGCCGACGGCACCCCGUGUCGACAGACCGACGGCGCUAGAGAUAUGUGCAUUUCUGGUGUAUGCCACAAGGUGGGCUGCGACUGGGUGGUGGACUCGGAGACUGAGGAGGACGUGUGCGGCGUGUGUGGAGGCAACGGGUCCGCUUGUUCUACCGUGCAGGGGAUUUAUAAUAAGGGGACUACCAAGCAGGACGGGUUUAGUGAGGUAGCUGUUAUACCGGCUGGCUCCAGAAAUGUCAAUAUCAAGGAGAAGGUCAACCCAGGAAACUUCAUCUCAAUCAGAAGCGCGAAGACGAAAAAACUGUACAUCAAUGGAGCAAGAAAUCAAGCAGUGACGGAAUACUUCGUGGCCGGUUCACAAGCCAUCUACGAGCGAGAUAGAGAUUGGGAAAAAGUUAAAAUACUUGGACCUAUCAAGGAAGACCUUAGAGUUUAUCAACACAUAUACCGCGGCAAGAACCGCAACCCGGUGGUCCAGUACAAGUACACGGUGGACCGGCAGCCGCGCCGCAGCCGGCACCGCUACAAGGUCUCUGAUUGGUCGCCGUGCUCAGUCUCCUGCGGCACGGGGAAGGUCACCAGGCAUCUGCUGUGCGUCGAUAUGCAUGACCGUGUAGUAGACCAGUCCCAAUGCUACCACAUGGAGCCUCCGCGCUACGAGGCGAUGAUGGAGCAGUGCCAUCUGCCGGCGUGUCCGGAGACUAGAGGCAGCUACUGGUGGGUGGGGCCGUGGAGUGCGUGCUCGAGGGCUUGUCGGAUGCCGGGAGAAGAGCCCACGAAACAACGAAACGUUUACUGCGUAGACAAACGUAUGAACAAGAUCAUCAACGACGCUGAAUGCGACGCACAGACGCGACCAGUCGCCAACAUCAAGUGUGCCGACGUCCCGCCUUGCUAAGGACAACCAAACCAUCAACCUACAAUAUGGAAAAGUUACCAAUAGAAGGAACUAAGCACUCUUUCUUACGCGAUUCGUUCGAAUCUAUAGCUUCCUGCAUGGAGAGUGUAUUUUUUAACCGACUUCGAAAAAAAGAAGGCGAGUAAACGCUAAUUUAUAUGGUGCGGGAGAGUCGCCAUCUAGCGGUACGUAGCUGCACUAGCUCCGCGCCAUACAAAUUUAAAUCGAUUUUUACUGCUCGAUCGGUUAAGAAAAACCUACAGCCCUCUGGAGAACACAAAAAGAUUAUAUCGAACGUGGAUCGGAUAGUGAAUUUCAAGUGAUACGGACACUCAUUUUGUGAAAUCGGACGAUUAAGAAUGUAUGUGAGACUGCAUUGAGCAAGUGUUGUUUUGUAUUGUCGUUUGUUUGAAAUAAAAAUAACCCAUCGAUAGAUGUUACUGGUUUAAAGAGAUACAUUACAAUAUACGUACACUAUUUACUGGUGGUUCUUUAGGAAUGGUAUUGAUGUGUCAGAUGACAAUGCGAAUCAUUGUUAGAAU